AUGUCAACAGGCGACGAUGUGAUUCCUGGUAACAAUGGUUUGUGGGAUCAAAUCUAUGCUCUAAAAUGGGUUCAGAAAAAUGCUCAUGUUUUUGGAGGUGAUUCAAAUAAUGUAGUGCUAAUGGGUCACGGAAGUGGUGCAGCAUCUGCAUCUAUACUUGCAUUAUCGCCUAGAGCUGAAGGUCUUUUCCACCGUAUAGUGCUAAUGAGCGGCACGGCAUUAACACCAGGAAUGAUACGUAAUUCUGCAGUCAAUGCCACCUGGAAUCUUGAUCGAAAGCUACAUUGUCGAUCUUUCAAUUCUAGCGAAUUGCUUCAGUGCUUCAGAAAACAACUAGAAAAAGAAAUCAUUGACGCUGUGGAUUCAAGCAACAACGACUACGAAGAGUUUGUGCCAGUCGUUGACGGUAAAGGGGGUAUAAUACCAGAAACUGCCGAAAUGCUUAUAACUUAUAGGCCCAAAGUUCCAUUAAUGCUUGGUACAACAAGAGACGAAAGCGCUUUAAAACUAGUGAUAUUGAACGAAAAGAAUAUGAAUGAAAGUGGGAUGACGGAAAGUGCUGCAGAAACGCUGGUGCAAAACUUGACAGAUUCUUUUUCGUUUUUUAAAAAUAAUCGACUAAUAACUCAAGGGUGUAUGCACGAGUAUAUAUGGAAAAAAGUGAGCCCAGCUUUUGAGACUUCGGUAUUAUUCAAUUCUAUAUUAGAGAUGUUUUCACAUUUUUGGUAUGAUGCUCCAGCAUCACGACUCGCCACCUAUUAUGCUCGUGACGUACCUGUAUAUUUAUAUUCAUUUGAUCAUAUUAGUGAAAAUUUAGAUUACGACAGAGCGUUUCAUGGUUGUGACCAAAUAUUUCUUUUUGAAUAUGAACCAAGGUUUUUGUCGAAAAGGAGUGACCGGAAUUGGCAAUUGGAUAGGAGGUUAACAGAAAUUUUUUCGGAACUUAUCGUCAAUUUCGCCAAAUUUGGUGUGCCGACCCCGAUAGCUUCCGGAUUUACAUUCAACUGGACAAGCAUGAACAUUAAAAAUCUCAACUACUUAUCAAUAACAGAUACCCCAUCGAUGAAUGUUGGAUUCAGAUGGCAAGGUCACGUCUUCUGGAAUUCGUAUGCUCGAGACCUUGAUGAUGUCGAUGUUGGUAACUUGCAAAAAAUUGCUCAUCUCGAAAGAAAACUUGGUUAUUUUCAGGUAAUAUUAAAAAAUUUUUUGUACUUUUUCAACUUUUUUUUUGUACUCAAUAAAAUAAAGAACUUUUUAUAA